GAUAAAAUCAAGCUCAAAAGUGCAUUUAGAGUUUGGCACCGCUUCUACUCCUUUAAAGCCAUCAAACUCUUCUCUCUUUAGGCUCUUUAUUUUCUUUUCUUCUUCUCGACAACUGUCUGAAAACCAUUAACAAUUGGGAAAGAAUAAAAAUAAACACAAAAUGCAUAAGAUCCCUUCCCCAUCACUUUUCACCGACGAGGACAAGGCACCCGGUUUGAUCAUUGAGGACAACGGCCUCACUAUUUCUCUCCCAGUGCGAUGGGGAUCUGCCGCUCAAUGCGCCCGCGCAAACACUUUCAUUCCUGUCGAUCAUGACCGCAUGUACUACUAUGAGAUGACGGUCGUGGACGAAGGGGAUGGCAAGAGGAUCGGUCUUGGCUUCUGCGCUAGGGACACUUCGCUGAAUGGAAUGCCGGGGUGGGAGGUGGACGCGUGGGGAUAUCACGCUGAUGAUGGGGCCAAAUUCCCUGGACGUUCUCAGGGGCUGAAAUAUGGGCCGGUGUACGGUACUGGGGAUGUCGUCGGUUGUGGCCUGGAUUUCAAGAGGGGCUUUGCCUUCUAUACUUUGAAUGCCGAGUAUCUGGGCCCGGCCUUCUCGCUCAAGGAGGGCCUUCGCAUUUGGCCGAUGAUAGGGAUGGGCAGCGCUGGUGCAAAGGUUUCCAUUAACUUUGGUCAGAGGAAGUUUACGUGGGACGGGAUAGAUGAUCUGGAGGGGCGCUUGGGAGAUAAUGCUACGAUUGAAUACGGAAGGGAGGCGUGCUAUGAAAACUGCGGUCUUCAUUGA